UGACCCUCCUCCUGCAUCCUCACUUCACUUGUCUGCUCCACUCUCAACAGUUAUGGCUCCCAGACCUGAAGAGGGGACAGAUCACUCUGGUCUUGAGAAAUCCCCCUGCAGUAAAGAUGUGGCUAUACUCCCUGCCUAUUCUACCGUGGAUUUGAUGAAUGAGGAGAAAGACGGUUUCGACCCUUGGGACCUACCUGAACUGAAAGACACUGGGGUGAAGUGGUCAGAGCUGGACACCCGAGGGAAGGUUAUGAGAGUCCUGACUGGCAUUCUGAAGCUGGUUCUGCUGCUUGGACUUCUCUACUUGUUCAUUUGUUCCCUGGAUGUGCUGAGUUCUGCUUUUCAACUGGUUGGAGGUAAAGCUGCGGGUGACAUCUUCCAGGAGAAUGCAGUGCUGGCAAACCCUGUGGCCGGUCUGGUCAUCGGAGUCUUAGUCACGGUCCUGGUCCAGAGCUCCAGCACGUCUUCAUCCAUCGUGGUCAGCAUGGUCUCCUCCGGACUGCUGGAGGUGAAGUCUGCAGUACCGAUCAUUAUGGGUGCUAACAUCGGGACAUCAGUCACCAACACUAUAGUGGCCAUGAUGCAGGCUGGAGACAGGAACGAGUUUAGAAGGGCGUUUGCUGGGGCCACGGUGCAUGACUUCUUUAACUGGCUGUCAGUGCUGAUCCUGUUGCCUCUGGAGGUGGCCACUGGAGUCCUGUACAAACUCACGGCCCUGAUCAUCGACUCGUUCCAAAUCCAGAGCGGAGAGGAUGCUCCCGACCUGCUCAACGUGAUCACAGACCCCCUCACUGACUCCAUUGUGCAGCUGGACAAGUCUGUAAUUGCUGGUAUUGCCACUGGUGACCCCGAAGCCAGAAACAAGAGUCUGGUCAAGCGCUGGUGCAAAACCUUCUCCAACUCUUCUACCAGUAAUAUGACAGUACAAAACUGCACCGCAGGCUCCUUUUGCUGGGUGGAAGGCAACCUGACCUGGACUGAGGUCAACAUCACCAAUACCAUCAACUUGGAGAAAUGUAACCACCUUUUUGCCAACGUGAACCUCCCAGACCUGGCCAUCGGGUUGAUCCUGAUGGCUCUGUCUCUGCUGAUCCUCUGCACCUGUCUCAUCUUCAUUGUGAAACUUCUCAACUCAAUGCUCAAAGGACAAGUGGCUGUGGUCAUCAAGAAGAUCCUCAACACAGACUUCCCGUUCCCGUUCUCCUGGGUCACUGGAUACAUUGCGAUCCUUGUGGGAGCGGGGAUGACCUUCAUAGUCCAGAGCAGCUCCGUCUUCACCUCAGCCAUCACGCCUCUCGUGGGUAUUGGAGUGAUCAGUUUGGAGAGAGCGUAUCCACUAACUCUCGGGUCUAAUAUCGGCACCACGACUACAGCUAUCCUCGCGGCCAUGGCUAGUCCUGGAGAAACACUGGCAGAAUCUUUACAGAUCGCCCUGUGCCACUUCUUCUUCAACAUCAUGGGCAUCUUAUUGUGGUACCCCUUCCCGUUCCAGAGGAUCCCCAUCCGCCUGGCUCGCGGUCUGGGCAACAAGACGGCCAAGUACCGCUGGUUCGCCGCACUCUACCUCAUCCUUUGCUUCGUGGUGCUGCCCAUAACUGUAUUUGGACUGUCUCUGGCUGGAUGGCAGGUGUUAGUGGGCAUUGGCGUUCCUAUUAUCGCCAUUAUACUCUUUGCUAUCAUUGUGAACGUGAUGCAGAAGAGGUGGCCGCACGUCCUGCCCAAAUUCCUGCGCACUUGGAACUUCCUGCCCAGGCCGCUGCACUCCCUGGCGCCCUGGGACCAUGUGGUGACCGUGUCAUUGGGCUUUUGUGGAAAGCACUGCUGCUGCUGCUGUAAAUGUUGUAGAUGCUGCAACAAAGAAGAAGACGAUGAGAAAGUGAAGGGAGAUGUCAAGAGUUUGCAAAUGUACGACAAUCCAGCUAUGACCAAAGACGAGGAAGUAACCAAAUCCACUCAUCUGUAAAUAUUGUAUACAAAUGUUAAUUCACUCAAGUAGUGAUUCAAGACUCUCUGAAAGUGCAAUCUUUGUGGACGAAAAUGAGCAUUACUGAUCAAGGACACACCCGUCUGUAUAGAGUUGACAGUAUAUUACUAUAUAGUCUCUUUACUCAGAGAACCACCAUUAAAAUGCAGUCAGCAUGUUUAAAACAGGACUAACCCAGAGCCAAACUUUGGUUUGGUUUAUACAUAACCAGAUUUAAGAUGAAACAAGGACAAGGCCAGAAACAAAAAAACAAGGUCUUAAAACUGGACUAAACUGUAUAUAAACUCUGGAGUGUUAUUCAAACUGUGGUACAUGUACCACAGGUGGCAGUAGUAAUGUCUAGUUUAGCCCUGGAAUAGUCCUAUUUUAGACCUGGUUUAGAUCUGGUGGUACUCAGAAGAACAAAAAUUUUCUAGAUGGUAAAAAGUUUGAGAACCACUAGAUUUAUUAUAAAAUCGCACAUGCAGUAGUAAGACACUCCUAAAUACUGGACACCUCCUGUGGUCAGUAAAUGUCCCGCUGUAGGACAAUAUAAAGUCUAGGACCAUCUCACAGCACUGGACAAAGUGGACACUGAGUUGUCCAUAGAUAUCUGUUUAUAAUGUUUAACUUGGGUAUAUGGUUUUACAAUGGGGCGCAACCAAAGAUAUUUUUAUACUUUAUAUGAAAUGUGUGAUAGACCUUAUGAAAAUUAAAUGUAGCAUUUAAGGUUUUCA